AUGACUGACUACGCCGAAUUGCAUCAACGAUUGCAGAAGGUUGGCCAAGAGCAUCUUCUCAAAUUUUGGGAUGAGCUGAACGAAAGCGAGCAAAAGCAAUUGGUUCAGGACAUAUCCGAAUUGGAUUUGAAUGAACUGAAACAAUAUUUUGAUCGGGCCACAACUUCCCUUUCCCAAAAUGGUCUCAAAUUGGACGACCGCUUGCAGCCACUGCCGGAUGAUAAAUUGAUCAGCAUAUCUCGAGCUCCUGAGGAACUUUUGAACAAUUAUCGCGAGGAGGGAUUAAAGCAAAUAUCCUUGGGACAUGUUGCCGUAUUGCUAAUGGCUGGUGGACAAGGAACCAGAUUAGGAUUUGCCUACCCCAAAGGCAUGUAUGACGUUGGCUUGCAAUCUGGUAAAACACUUUUCCGUAUCCAAGCGGAACGUAUUAUAAAACUUGAAGAAUUGGCAUUUGAGGCCACCGGAAAGAAGGGCACUAUUACAUGGUACAUUAUGACUUCGGAGCAUACCCUACAACCCACACUGGAAUAUUUUGAGAAGAACAAUUACUUUGGCCUUAAAAAGGAGAAUGUUGUUAUGUUCAAACAGGGUUCGUUGCCAUGCUUCGAAUAUGACGGCAAGAUAAUGCUUGAUGAAAAACACCGUGUAGCCCGUGCCCCAGAUGGCAAUGGAGGAAUAUAUCGUGCCUUGAAAACUCAGGGAAUUCUUGACGAUUUGACCAAGAGGGGAAUUUUAUAUUUACAUGCCCACAGUGUAGACAAUAUCUUGAUCAAAGUAGCAGAUCCCGUAUUUAUUGGCUACUGUGUGCGAGAGAAUGCUGACUGCGCUGCCAAAGUUGUGGAAAAAUCUUCACCUACCGAAGCCGUGGGUGUGGUUGCCAUAGUUGAUGGUAAAUAUCAAGUAGUCGAAUAUAGUGAAAUUUCAGCAAAAACAGCUGAAAUGCGUAAUCCCGAUGGUCGCCUUUCCUUCAGUGCCGGCAAUAUAUGCAAUCACUUCUUCACUGCAAACUUCCUUCAACAAAUUGGUUCAACCUAUGAACAAGAAUUAAAAUUACACGUGGCCAAAAAGAAGAUACCAUUCAUCGACAACUCAGGCAAACGUAUUAAACCGGAGAAUCCCAAUGGCAUUAAAAUCGAGAAAUUCGUAUUUGACGUCUUUGAAUUUGCCCAGAAGUUUGUAGCCAUGGAAGUGCCCAGAGAUGAGGAAUUUAGUGCUCUGAAGAAUGCCGACUCGGCGGGUAAAGAUUGUCCCUCAACAGCACGCAGUGAUUUGUAUCGGCUACACAAGAAAUAUGUAGAAGCAGCCGGUGGCAUUGUCCACGGAGAUGAAUGUGAAAUAUCACCAUUUGUCAGUUAUGCCGGUGAAAAUUUGGCGCCUUUGGUUGAGGGAAAAUCAUUCACAACACCUUUAUAUUUACGCAGUAAUCGUGAUACAGCCGCUCAUCUCUAAU